UCCUGCCCGCUCCCGUUGCAGAGUGGAGCCCAGGGGACCCUCCCCCGUGGCCAUAGCAACGCCUCUGGGGUCGGAGGCCAGGAGGCGUGUCCGCUGUCCUCCACGGAGCGACGGGAGCCGGCAGGAGGUAAAACGAGAUCGGAAGCGGCGCGGGGAAAACGCUCGGCACCAGCGUUUUCAAAAAGACUCGUUCAAUGAAAGCCCAAGACACAGGCGUUUUUACUGGUGGCAGCCAUUUUGGAAAAAUCGGGGGUCUGCAUUAAAAAAAAAUAGUGGGGGAGAGUCCUCAGGGUCUACGGUGCUGACUGCAGUUUAAACUUCUGUGAUGGAUGAAGGGAUUCCAGAUAUACAGGUGGUUUUAUCUGCAUUUUAACAUCAGGACGUUUUUUCUGUAGCUGAAGCACACUGCUUCUACUUCCACUGAACAAUGCAGAACUGCAUUUUGAUCUUUUGGUCUGGGAAUUUUUUGAUGUCUUCCUUCAGCACUACCCUGUUCCAAGUAGGGAUAUCCCAACUUUGUACUUAAGAGCUAUUGUACUCCAGGGAUGGAGAGCUUCUCUGCUGCUGCUCCCCAGCAUCACACUUCAGUGCUGACAACAUGGAUGAUCCUUCAGUGCCUUGGUUGCAGCGAUUUGAUAAGUCUUCCCGUCUUCUGCUCUGCACAUUGAUGUCUGGGUCUGAAGGUGCCUUGUCUGCCCUCCAAACCCUUCAGCGGUCCCAAUCUGGGAAAGAUCCAAGGCAGGGCUUUGAUUGGCAGGACUUCACAGAGAAGCUGUGUUCUUUAGAGCCUGUGCUCCAAGGACCUGAGAAGACCCUCAGCUUAAAACCAGUCUUGCUGCUGCUUCCAGUCUUGUGCCAAAGAAAUCUCUUUUCCCUGCUGCUUAUGGUAAAGUCUACAGUGCCAAAAGACUUACUCGUCCGUCUGCUUGAGACCGCCAAGCAGGAACCCAGUUCAGACCUCUGGGUGCAGAGACUGAAGGAUUUACUACAAAUGGAGGUGCAGGAGAAGAGCUUCUCAACUUCAGUCCUACUAACAGAUGCUUGCCGGCAGCAACUGAAAGAUCUGUGUCAGAAGGUUAUGGCCCCUCGUAGCAACAGCCUUGGUUUAGGAAGAAAAUUAAGCUGGUAUGUUAAACCGACAGAUCUCGGCUUAGCUGUGGACGAAAUUGCCCCAGCUUCUGCAUCUCAGAUUAGGAAAAACAAGAAAAUAAGCAAGGAACCCAUAAGCCCUGAAGAUGAGAGGCAGAGCAAGAGGGCCCGGAUGGAAGUUGAUGAAUUGGAUUUAGAACAUUUUGAGCCACAUGAUGUACUGCAAAGGGCUGGGGCAGCUGGAACAGGAAAUGAACUCACAGUGAAGUCUUCUGGAAAUGAAGAUGCUCCCACUCAAAUCGACAACAUGUAUCAAAGUUCUCAAAAGGAGGAAACAGUAGAAAUGAGAGGGGCUCAUCAAUGUUCCCAAAUGAAUACUACAGCAGAGGUCCCUGAUCACAUCAAGGAACAUGUCCAAACACUUAAGGAACUUUUGGCGAUGCAGUGCGAGCAUUCUGAUGGGACAGUUCCUGAUGCACUUCAAGUUCUGAAUGAAUGUACCCCAAGCCAGCUAGAAGGUCUCUGCUCAUUACUGCAACUCUCAGAAUGCCCAGAGAAUGAGCUUCUGCAGUUCUGUACAUGGUUGGUGGCGCUGUCACCUGAUCUUAGCUAUACUUAUGCAACAGUACUUGCUGGAAAGCUCUUUCUGCCUCGGGUCCUCAGGCUGAGCCAGCCAGCCUCAUGGCCUCUCACAAUGGCCCUUAUGAUGUUCUGCUCAAAGUAUGCUCGCCCCGUCUGCUGCACCUUGAUUCCUUCAAUUAUGCAGGCUCCAGGGAAAGGCUCUGAGCAAAUGAAACUUGUGUGCAAGAUAAUUCAGGAGUGCUUGGAACCUGAAUAUGUGAGAUUGGUAUUCAGCCAGACUGUAGAAAUGCCAUGGUCAGAAGAUCUCCUCACAGUUGUUCAUUCAUUGCUGGAAAGACAGGUGGAGUUGCCUGCUGAGCUCUUCAACUUGUUGGUCUCAAAUGUUUGCCAGAUAGCUCAAGAGUUGGCCAAGUCAAUGCAAUAUGCAAAGCUGGUUCUUGCUCUGUUGUCCAAAUACCAAAGCAGUAUUACGUUGGUACAUCAGUAUCGUUUAUCUGGUGUUCUGGACCUUAAUGAAACAAUCUUAAAGAAAUCUCUCCAAACUGCACUAAAACGAGUGUCUUCUAGACAAGAAACGUCUUGAAUACCUUUCUUAUGUGGGAAAUACCAGAAGACAGGCUUCUUCUUUAGUGCUGCUCACCGGGAGACACAAACACUUUCUGAGGUGGAGGAAUCAAAUGUGACUUGCCUCAUGAGCUUGUAUGCCCUAAUAAAACCAGAUGUCAAUAUUUGAUUGGA